AUGGACUGCAAGAUUUGCGAGUUCAAGCAGCGCCAGUUCUUCUGUCAAACAUGUUUGAAAACUCAUCUUCGCGAUUUCCAACACCAAACACAGCACUUCGCCGCAGACCGCGACGAGCAAGUUUUAAAAGCAUCCAAAGCCCUGGAAACGAUCCAAGCCGCUCGACUAUUCAGGGCCCACGUGGCAGAUUGUCAGAGCAGACUCGAAGAAGUCAUGGCGGGUCUUGCGCAGCUGAGGAAAGAGAAUGACAAAAAAAGAGAUCGUCUCAGAGCCUUAAGAGAAUCACUCGCCACUCGUCGUCGGUCAUUAUCUGCGGCGAAGCUUCAGCCAGCACGACAUUCACCAGCCCCAGGUCUCUCACACCUAACGCAACGUGAGACGCAAGAACUCAAUGCGUUAUCUAUGACGAUUGCCCGUGCUCGGUCUGGGUUGGUGCAAGAGUUGGUGGAAGUGUUCAACGUCGUUGAGGUGGGAGGUCGACCCCCGAUAGGUGGAAAAGCUGGGACAAAGGGUGAAUGGACCAUUGGAGAUCUCAUCCUACCCGUUCCAGGAGAUAUUCGCAGAUACCCCCCAGACCACAUCAACGCCGUCAUCACACACACCAUUCAUUUCCUCUCCUUACUGACAUUCUACCUCGGUGUCAAACUCCCUUUCGAAUUCGUCUGGACAGGCGGGAAGCUGGGCGUAGGGCAGCCCUGGAUCGGCGCCAUCAUGGGGUCCGAAUCAGGCGGUUGGGCAAGGUGGUCCACCAAACACCCUCUGCACCUCUCCUCCUCGCCCAACCCGCCUCAACCCGACGAAACACCACCCACCCCCACCGCGCCGCUCUCCGAAUCAUACAUAGACACAACUCCACCCCCGAACACACCCUCUUCAUUCACCACAGCCCUCGCCAUGCUUCUAUACGAUGUCUCGUACCUCGCACACACGCAGAACGUCGAUGUACCACUUAGCCAGGCGGGGGACGUGCUGAGUAAUCUGUGGAGUGUGUGUUGUAGUGCUGAGCUGGGGCGUCGAUCGCAUGAGACGACCCCGAGGUUACAGCCGCCUACGGGGCUGGGGUUUCAUUUCGAUUUCGCACAGCUUUUGCAGGCCACGGCUGCGCAUCCGAGGUCGACGAGGGUGAUUAGGAGGAAAGCAGGUGGCGUGGGGCAUCAGCAAAGGACUGUGGACGUGGUGAAGGAGGAAGAGGAGGGUUGGGAUAUGGUUGAAGGGGAUUCUUUGUAA